CGGCACCCUUUUAGCAGAUUGACAUCUAUGACUAAAAGGCCCACAAGAAAUUGAGAGAAAUUGCUUCCGGAGGAGGUUGACCAUCAUGAUACAACUUCUGAAGUUCCUCCCAUUCAGUUAUGCUUCUGGUUUUAUAAUGAAGAUGUCUUAUCCUGGAUCAUUUUGCCCUUGACUCAAGAAAAGGGUUAACCUGCAAAUACCAGGUGUUUGAAACCUACCUCCACCCACCUCCCGUGUUCCCCAUCAGGCAUGAUAAGAGAAGAUACAAGAGGACACAACUUGUAUUCCAGCACUCUGUCCAUUGCAACUUUUGACAUUACUGUCAUGAUUUUCUUACCUGAUCUUCGGUUGGAUAGCUGCUAAUUUGCAUGACAUGUGUGUCUACAGCCUCAGAGUGUGAGUGGAGUGGAAAUGAGGAAAAGGCAGCAGGGACGCAUUGAAGGACCCCCGCAGGCACCUGGUCACCCGAGGCCUAAUACCUGCUGUCUCUGCUGGUGUGGAUGCUGCAAAUGUCUCUGGAAUGAAGACAGGAGAGAACGUUCAGAGAGGCAAACAUGUACAAAGAUGGAUAGCAUAGAAGCAACAGAAGAACAGCAUCCCACACUGGAUGAGUUGAUCGCCUGGUCCCGGAGCUUUGAGAUGAUGAUGCGCUCUCCGGAUGGAAGAGAUGUUUUCCGGGAGUUCCUGCGGUCUGAGUACAGUGAGGAAAACCUGAUGUUCUGGAUUGCUUGUGAGGAACUGAAGAAAGAGACCAACCCAGCAGCUAUCGAUGAAAAGGCCAGAAUCAUUUAUGAGGACUAUGUUUCUAUUCUAUCACCAAAAGAGGUCAGCUUGGAUUCAAGGGUGAGGGAAGGCAUCAACCAAAAUCUGGCGGAGCCUAGUAGUUUGAUGUAUGAGGAGGCCCAGCUUCAGAUCUACACGCUCAUGCACAGAGACUCCUUCCCCCGAUUUCUCAACUCAUCUGUUUUCCAGGAUCUCCUUAACAGCAAGAGAACCUGCUUAGACACCUAGAUUUCAGCAAGAACGCUUGAGACAAAAAAAACCCAAGGUGCCACUUUUUAAAAAGGUGUGAUGUUUCUUAUUUCGAGAGUGAGUAGUUAAGCAAUUCUGAGCAUCCACUAGUGACCCUGUUCAGUUGUGUUUAAGUGCCAAUACGAGCUGCUCAGGCAACUGUGACACAGAUAAACAUGUAGGAAAAUGGACAGAUCCAUAGUUCUUACUCUCAGCUGACCUUUUCAUUUACCUGCUUAGUCACUUUAAAUCUCUUUUACCUUUCCUGUUCACGGCCUGUUUCCUUCCCCGUCUCUCUUUUCCUCAUCCUUUUCGUCUUUUAGACCUCACAUGUCUAAGGACAGCUGAAAAUGUUUUUUUUAAAAACUAAACAAAUGGAUAAGCGGUAGAUGUAAAGCUAGUAAACAUGAUCUUUGCAUGAUACAAGGUUAUGGAAUUUGCUCGGACUACAAUGUUUUUAUUUGAAUUUAAAACAAGUGUUUUUUAUGCUGUCAUGAGGAGAGAACAUUGUAACGCUCUCGUAAGUGAAGGGAAAAUUAGCUGUGCCAAUUGUCUUUUAAACCGAAAAGCUGGGAAGUGUAUUCGCUGUCUUGCCGUCCAACCUUUUUCUUUUUUUUGCGUGUCGACAGUUGUUUAACUGGGAAACAUAAGGGCUAGCUCGUGUUGUGAUUGGGCAGCUAAAUGAAUCAUGAACAUUUCUUUCUCUCUGCAAAAUCACAAUGCCUCGACACUGAAUAAGUGCAUAAAAGCUGCUGAUGCUGGUGACGACACAGUUCAUUGGCCCUCCCAGUCCAUUACUAGCCGAGAGAAGCACAGGUACUAGAGGUCACGGGCUGUGUAAGCUUCGCUGGAUUUGGAAAUAACUCACCAAUGUUCUGGAGGUUUUCAAAAGAACUUAGAAUUGUCUUACACUUAUAGAAAUGUAUUUUAUUAAACAAAAUUGUAGUGAACACAAUGCCUUGUUUUUGAGCGUAACACUACAGUAGGUCUAUUGAAAAUAACCGAGAGAAUUUUCUCAGAGCUGUCAUUAUGAAAGAAUCCAUACCAAAUCCAAGUCAGAUUUGGUUUUGAUGUAAAAAUGUCUUUGUAGACUAAUUUGCGUUUUUCACGGUUGAAUCCAUCAGCGAGGCUUUUCAUGGCCUCCGAGUUGAGACGAACGUCUGUGUUUGUUUAAAUGCUGAAAUGAGGAACGGUCUCGGUCAUAUUUACAGCUUGAAAAAACGCAGGUUCUCAAAACACAAAAAGUCAAUCUUUUUGAAAUUCUUUUUCCAGCAUGCAUUUCUUUUGUGUGUGUCAUGUACACAUUGCAAUACUCAACCCAAAAUUGAUGUGAACCAUUGCAGGUUGCAUCAUAUUGAAGAUGAUUUUCCUUGAAAGGUUUAGACUUGCGACCCUUCGUGAUGUUGGAUUCAAACUUGAAUGUUGCAGUUUUCUAGAAAUGUAUGUGCUAUUGCAAUUUCAGUAGCCAGUGCAUGACAACACAAUAUCUAAAAAUACUGGUGUGUUAAACCACUUCUCACCUUUUAGCUGAGUACUUUAAGAGUGAAUUGCAUUUAAAUGGAUGUUUUUUCUCACCAUACCCAACCUCAAAAUGUCACUUUUUCCAAAAUUAUUGUGCCAAUGAAUGAAUGAAGGUUUGCUUAGUUAAUAUUUCUUGUUUGUUGUUGGGUUUUCUUAUUGGUGCUCUCUGACAGUUAAGUGCCAUUCACUCUGCAGGUUUACCAGAUUAAAAUGAAAUCCUUUGUCACUUUACCAAGUGCAUAGAUAUCCUUCUUUAUAAUAUUAGUGUAUUUGAGCAUCAGCCAAUGAGAGUUGGUCCUUGAUUUAUGUUGUUUUAAGAACAGAAUACAGUAGGUAGUUGCAGCGAACCAUCGUGGGAAGUUUGCUUUUCCCACAUUUCUUAAACAAGUGAUUGAAUUUUAUUUAAAUUUGUGUUUAAGAAAAUAAUCAUGUCAUUAAAGAAAUGAGCAAUAAAUCGUCUUGCUCUACAAACAAAGACCGUGCAUGACAUUCACUGAAACUUUUUUUAAGGGGGAUUUGAGCUGGACAAAACGUACAAAUAUUGAGUAGCAUAUUAUAAAAAAUUCAAUAAUAGGUGUCAAUGACGCUUGUUAAAUUUUUAUUAAGUGACUUUUUCAGUCAGUACAAGAAAACUUUAAGAUCACUCAAAUCAAAGGAAUCUGGCGGUUCACAUUUUGCGUCUAAAACUGUGUGGAAAAUGCGACCAUGCUGCUUUCCUCCUUCUUUAAAGCAACACUAAAGAGUUUUUGCUCUUUGCUCUACCUACAGGUUGGAAGCGGAAUUGUCCAUUACCACUGUAGUAAAUACUGCAGCAAAGCUGGCUCUGAUUGGAUUGUAGGUCUGCCGUAAAGCAAGUUUUUGUAGUUUUCACUCGAACUACAGGACUGCGACCCGACGGUUGAAAACUUCUUUAGUGCGGUUUUGGCCGAUAGAGGGCUGAAAAGCGAAUGUGAAAGUGGAUGAACGACUGAACUUUUUUGGAAACGUUAUUUUAAGGUAAAAAAACUCUUUAGUGUUGCUUUAAAAAACGCUUUCCGAUGCGUCAUUCUGAAAAAUUAAAGUAUUUUCACCCGGGUGCGGCACCUGGAAAAAAGUGUGCGUCGCACAGCGUAUUUGAGCGGGCUUGCCACAUGUCUACAUUCAAAAAGACGUGAAGUGUACCGCCCUUUAAAGGGAAAGUUCGGCCAAAAAUGAUAUUAAAUGCAUGAUUUACUCACCCCGAAACCGUCUGAGAUGCAUAUGUCCAUCAUUUUUCAAACAAACACAUUUUCAGUUAUUUUAGAAAUGUUUUAGCUCUUUCAGUUAAUCAAAUGUAAAUUUACAGCGUCCAUGUCCUUCAAGUCCACGAAAUGUGUAUCCAUCCUUCACAAAAUAAAUCCAAACGGCUCCACGAUGAUAAACAAAGGCCUUCUGAGGGUAAUCCACGCCGUUUUGUUGUAGAAAUAUCCACAUUUAAAACUUUAUAAACGAAAAUAUCUAGCUUCCUGUAAUGCCGCCAUCUUAGUCGCGUCCGCAUUCAAGAUAAGAGCGUACGCAGUUUACGGAGGUUUCUCUGCUGCUGCUUCUGCGUCCCCGCCCUCCGAAUUUGUCAUACGUCACGAAAAAAAGUGCGUACACUACGCUGAUACUCUCUCCUGAAUACAGAGGUGUUUAAGUUAGCGCCGUUAUCGGAAGCUAGUUAUUUUCGCACAUAAAGUUUUAAAUAUGGAUACUUCUACAAUAACACAGUGCGGAUUACCCUCAUUUUGUUUAUCAUCCUGGAGCUGUUUGGAUUUCUUUGGGGAAGGAUAUAUAUGCACAUUUUUUGGACUUGAAGGAGCUGGACCCCGUUACUUUACUGUUUAGCAGCUGGACGAUAGAAGACAUUUUCUAAGAUAACUGAAAAUGUGUUCAUCUGAAAAAUGAUGGACUUGCAUCUCGGACGGCUUCGGUGUGAGUAAAUCAUGUGUUUAAUAUAAUUUUAGGCUGAACUAUCCCUUCAAGGCCAUUCUCAAUAUUAGACGAUAUUAGUCAAGUGUUAUGCAGCUUGCUACAAAGAGUUCUCAACUGUAUCAUUAUUAGAUAAUGUAAACAUAUCAUAAAGCAAAAAAGGUUAUAUUUUGUAGUGGACAUUUGAUUCCAUGAGGAGAUAUUUAAGCUUGAGCUACUGCCACAGUCUUUAUUUUGUAUUUAAAACCUGCAGAAUUGACUGAAUUUCAUGUAUGAUUCAGAGUCCUGUAAAUUACAACAAAUGAUCACAACUUUGCAAAAGUAUUGGAUUAUUCUAAGAAAAUAUUAAAGUUUGUGCCAUUUAGAAAGAGUAGCUAUCUGUUGUGAUUGAAAUAUUUUAAUGUCAUUUUUUGCUGCUAAUGUUUAAUUUUUUUAGAUUUCACUUGAUGGCUGUCAUCUAUAAGAGCUGAUUUUAUCCGCAUGUUAUGACUUGGAAAACAAUCUUUCUUGCCAAAAGGCUCAUUUUCUAAGAACAUGAAGUGAAGGCUGUGCUACAGUUUGUGAUUCUAGGAGUAUUGUCUCCUUUAAUGACUCUUCAUUGGUUUCCACUACCUCUCGUUAUGCUUGGUUUUUCUCAUCUAGCUGUUAAAUGUUCAAAUGUUUAUUUUGAUCUACUUGAAGCCUAAUACUGUAAAUGAGAUGUACACAGGUGUGUACCGAGGGUUUAUGAAGAGUAGCAAUUUUUUUUGUUUGUUUGUUGAAUUCAGCAUAAUUAUGAUACAUACUUACAAAGUAUUCAGGAAGCGUACUGUUUAAGGGCUAAUCCCAUAUUGCCUAUGCAAAUCUCGUAAUUGUCAUAUUGGAAUAAUUAAUGACUGAGAAAUGUUUUCCUGAAAUCGGGUGGAACACUGGUUUACAUAUGCCCAUUUCUGAUAUUCCUUAGUCGCUCGAGUCACUUAACAUGUUAUAUACACAUAUAUAAAUGAUAAAGCUACUCAAUUAAGAUUAAAUAAAUUUGUGUUGUGUCUACUGUGGGUGCGUUUUGACAUCUUGAUAGGUCGACAGUUUACUGUUGAUGUAAAUGCAUAGUGAAUGUAUGGUAAUGUGCAUGCUGAUGUUCAUUUGUUUAAGUGAUUCAUUUUUGAGUGAUGGAAAAACUCUGUCCUCUGUGACUGCACAGAAAAGGGGAAGUCAUUGAAUUAUUUGUGAAUGAAGCGAGUGUCUAUUCUUGUUUUCAGGGGUGCUUUAGUCUUUUUUGGAAAGGUUGAAGGGCUACUUUAGGCACUUUAAACAUGCUUUCCAAGAACGAGAAUAUCUACCUCUUGGUUGUGUUUUUUCCAUUUGCUUAAUUUAGAAGAUUUAGCCUUGAAAAACAUGUAGCUUGCGCACACAUUGAUUUGUUUAGACUCGAGAUGUGGAGAGUAAAGAGCCACAGAGAUGAACUGGGAGAUGCUUUUGCCUUGUUGCAAACGAUUUACUUUUAGCUCAACCUCUUUAACUUCGAAUCUUUUGGUUCUUUUGUUUUUAUCUCCGUUUAAAAUAGUUUGUCCCCAAGCAAAGACACAUCUGACUUUCAGUACUUCAGUAUUUCAAUAUUUUCUACAACAAUCCUGUUACCUGCAUGUGCUUGCAUUGUGAUAUAUAAAGAUUGCUGUAAUGACAAUAUGUGAAAAAGUGUUUACAGCACUCAACAGUACCAUUGCAUCUAUAAUAUACAGUAGAUGCUAAAUAAGUGCACACCUUCAAUUUUUUUCUUUGUAAGCACAUAAGUUUUGGUCUUUACAUUAAUUUUAGUUGUUCAGUCAUUCGGGGUAGCGUGAAUUUUGGCGAAGAAGGAAGGCUUCAUGUAUUUUAGCUUUUUAUACCAUUAUUGUUUUUUCUUUAGUCAUUAAAUCCCUUUUCACUACCACAUGGUAUGUGGUAGUAAGACAGAGAUCAGGUAAUAAUUUUAUUACCUGGCUUUAAAAUUGCUAAAACAUCAUGCUCCUAUUUCCAAAUAGGUUGGUUUUAAUAAUAACUUUCCAGCCAUUUCAUCCAUAACUCCAUCCACAUUGUUAAUGCUUCAAUGAUGUUAAAAUAAGCAACCAAGACCUAACUAUGUUUUUUUUUAAGUAUUAUGUUUGUUGGAUUUACCACAAAUGAAGUUAAACUUUAGAACAGUAUCAUUGUUGCAGCAAUACCACAAACAACCUGCCGGGUACAACAAAGCUGUUCGACCGUAGUCCUAAACCCUAGAAAUGAAUAAGCAUGUGUACAUCAUUUUUAUAAUGAAGAAACAACCGGAUUACCAUUUAGACAACUUGAGCCUUAUACGUUUGCAUACAAAAUUGGCAUUUUUAAUGACCGUCCCUGAAAAGGAUCCUUCAAAUUUACAAAAAAGAAAGAAAAUUAUGCCAAGAAGAAAGAACAGUUGCAAAUUUACACUCUCAUCAAUCCCUUAUCACAGUUUAUCACAGUCACCCCAAAGUGCCUUGAAUAUUUAGGCAAUGAUCUGAGUUAAAUGAUAUCACUAAAGAUGUUUGUCUGUUAAAGUCUUUUCCCUCCCUAUAUAGGACAGAAAACGAUUCACAUCUAGAUGUUUGGAAAUAAAUGUAAACUACUAUUUGGAAAUAGAGCUUUUCAUACUUUCAUUGUUUUUGCAAAAAAGUUUUUUUAUUUAAAAUCAUGAUAUUAUAAUAAUGUCAUGCAAAAGUGUGUGGUGCUUGUCACAAACUUUUUUUUAUCCCAUUGUCAGCUCAUAUUAUGUAGACGUUUUCCUACACAAUACAGCCUUUCUGAUGUUUUCUUUAUCCUCAGAUAAGACACAGAUCAAGCCUUCACUGAAGGCAUUCUUUAGAUCUGUGCCCUGAGUCCGAAAUAAUGCUGAUUUUUAAGUAAUAUCACCUAUUUUAAUAUAAAAAAUGAUGUAGUAAUUCUGUUGUUUUUUUAAUACCAGAGGACAAAAUCUAAUGCAUUUGUAAAUUAUAACUGAUAGAUAAAACAUGUUUUAUAUUUGGCAUGCUUUUGGUAUUCAAAAUAGUAUUUAACACAAUACUGUACAAGUAUAUAUAUAGAGGUACUGCAGUAUGCAGACGGUUAUCAUUGAAACUUUAGAAAUGGACAAAGUGAGCAAUUUCUUUAAAAAUGAUUAUAUUUAAACCAGAUGAACUUUCAGAUGUUGAAUGGAAAGGUCCUUACAGGUUACUGUAAGAAAAUGUAGUUUAGCUUAGAGAGUGGCAGUACUGAUGUACAAGUUUAUUAAUAUUUAGCCUAAAAGGAUGGUUAUCUUUCAGACCAUGUGUACUCCUGCAUGAACAAUAUAAAAAGAGAGAAAACAUGUACUUGUAGACAUCAAAUAAAGUGACUUACAAUAUGGUGCUUUUUCUGUCUGUCUGACACAUGAUAACAUACUUUAAUAAAUAGCUGAAGAACAAAUUA